AUGGAUCUCGUCCUCACCUCUCCAGGCUGGGCCCCGCUGGUUGUGGGGGUGGCCGCAGCGAUGAUGGGAAUAGUGGCAUACCGGCUGUGGCUGGACCCUCUGGCACGAUUCCCGGGUCCUCGACUGUGGGCGAUAUCCCGCCUGCCACGGAUCUACCACACGUCCAGGGGACGCAUGUGGCGCCAGCUUGAGUCGCUACAUCAACAAUAUGGCCCUAUUGUCCGCAUCGCCCCGGGCGAGCUGUCUUUCUGCUCCGCGCCGGCAUGGUCGGAUAUAUACACUUCGCGACCGACAAUGCCCAAGGAUGGCGCCACUUUGACACCGCCGAUCAACGGAGCCCACUCACUCUUCACUGCGCUUGGUGAUGACCAUCGACGUCUACGCGGCGCUCUCGUUGCCGGCUUCUCAGACAAGGCACUGAGAGACCUGGCACCGGGCAUCGAACACCACGUUACCGAGUUUAUCGCUCGACUCCGCCGUGAGCUCGAGCAAGGUAAUCCAGUAAUCGACUUGCAAAAGUUCUUCGGAUAUGCGACCCUCGAUACCAUCACCGACCUCGGUUACAGCGAGCCCAUGCACGCCUUGGCAGAUCGCAACGAGCAUGACUGGAUUGCGCGCCUCUCCCUUCACUCACGCUUCGGCACCAUGCUCUCGUGUCUUUACUGGCUCUACCCGCUAAAUCGACUCACGAAUAUUGUCGUACUAUCCCUAAGCCAAAGUCAGCGUGCAAAGAACUGGGCUGUGUUUGGUAGCAAGAUCGAAGCCCGAGUGGCUCGAGGCAAUCAGCCAGGACAGAAAGCAGAUCUCAUAGCCCCAAUCAUGAGCAAAGUGACCGAUCAGGAAGUUCCUUCAAAAGAUAGCAAGUCCGGAAAUAAGAACAUGAUAACAAGGAAGGAGGUCAUGUCCCACACUCUGUCAACAGUAAUGGCGAAUGGCCUCAUAACAACAGUAACUUUAACUAGCUGCACGUAUUUCCUUCUCCGACACGCGGACGCAUUGCAGCAUGCUGUGAAGGAAGUGCGUGAUACAUUCACUUGUGAUGGCCAGAUCACCGUGCAGUCUACUCAAGGCAUGGCCUAUCUGGAGGCGGUCAUCAAUGAGACGAUGCGUCUCCACCAUCCAACACCCAUUACUCUUGCUCGCGUCGUACCCCCUGAAGGUCGUCGCAUCGAUGGCCACUUCAUUCGGGGAAAUGCCACUGUCGAGCCAUUUGCCUUCCAUCCGGAACGCUUCCUCCCUCGCGACGAUGUCCGGUAUAACUCUCGUUUUGAUAAGGAUGUCAAAGAGGUCUACCUGCCCUUUGCGGCGGGUCCACGUCAUUGUAUCGGUGAAAAAUUCUUCCUUGCCGAGGCUCGUGUGACACUUGCUAGAUUGUUGUGGAAUUUUGAUAUGGUGCUAGCAGACCCACAAGCGGAGAAUUGGUUGGAUCAGAGGGCCUUCACAGUGUUCGAGCAAAAGCCGCUCCUGCAUUAA